AUGCACAAUAUGGGGUUCGAUUUAGAUUUAGAUUUAGAUUUUGAAAAUCUAGCUAACUACAAAAGAGAUGAUCUGACUCCUACAACUACUUCAUUACCACUGCCAUAUGUAUCAACUCAAUACUAUCCAUUUUCCACCCUGACUGGUGGUCCUAGUAGUCCAGGUGGUAAUAAUAGUACUGGAAGUGGAGGUGGAUCAGAUUAUACUGGAUUUGUAGGUAAUACACCAUCAACAGUUCUUUUCUUCUUAGCUUUGGCUGUGGGUGUAUUCAUAGCCUUAAUGUUUGUAUUUUUUACCAUAAGAUAUUUUGUCAGAUCAAAAUAUGGAUUACAUGUAUAUCCAUUAUCCAGAAGACAAUUAAUGAUGGGUUCAUUCUUGCCACCUGCUCCCCCAGAUAAUGGUCCUAGUACUACAGAUCAAGGAAAUUCAACGAAUAAUGCUAAUGAAGCUAACGGACAAGGAUCUUCUACAAAUGGUGUGGAUACACCAACAAGAUUAGCGGAUGCUUCCGAUAAUCUUAUUCGUGAGCAAUUGGAAAGAAUCCGACAAAAUUACGGUUUCGAUCAUUAUAUCAUUGAAGAACUUGGACGAAGUAGACGAAGAAUGUAUGCUAGUACUAGAGGUGCAGGAUAUCGAUUUGGGGUUGGUGUUGGCGUUGUUGGCCCAGGAAGUGUCCCAUAUAUAACUCAACAUACCAGAAGAAGAAGAGGUAGAUUUGCUAAGAUGAAGAAACUAACUGAAGAACAAUGUGAAAUUUUAUUUCCUAAGAAAACUUAUCAUGAAUGGUUAAAUGGUGGGAAAGAAGAUGACGCUGAAAAUAGAGCAGGUAAUCUAAUGGAAGAAAAAGAGGAUCAAGAUGAUGAUGAAGAUAGUGAUAUAAUUCAAACCAUUUCAGCCACUAAUAGAAUAGCAACAGAUGAAGAUGAAAAUGCUGAUAAUGAUAAUACUUCACUACAGCCAGCUAAUUCUAGAAAUCAGAAUAGUAUUAAUCCUAUUGCAUAUUAUAAAUCUGAAAAAGGAGAAGAGGGUACAUCUAUUGAGAUGAAAGAAUUAGUUAUUCAUGCUGAAGAAUCCACAUCUACAAUGAUUAAUGAAGAAACUAAAGUCAAAGAUUCAGUAGAGACACCAGCCACCACUAAUGCUAAUACUACAAUUUCAACCAACAAUGGUGAGUCUACGACAACAACAACAACAACAACACCACCACCACAAUUGCUUAACCCAAUAGAUUUACAUUUUGAUUCUGGAUCUUGUGCUAUUUGUUUAGAGGUGUUGGAAGAAGAAGAUACCGUUAGAGGAUUAAUAUGUGGUCAUGUAUAUCAUGCAGAUUGUGUUGAUCCUUGGUUAACUAAGAGAAGAGCAUGUUGUCCUAUGUGUAAACGAGAUUAUUUAUUCAAGAGAGAUAGUGUAGCCAUUCAAAACGCUAGAAAUGGCAGUGCUGGAGACACACAAGUUCCGGCUGAAGAUGUAGAAGACGAAGAAGACGACGAUGAAGAUGAUGUGAUUAGUCUCGAUUUAAAUGAGUUCAGAAACGAUCCUGAAUUAAGAGCUAUCCUUCAUGAAUUAAUUCCAAUUGGUGAGAGAGUAGCAAUAAUUUUAAGUGAAGAACUGUUAAAUCAUUUAAAUUUUGAGCAAAGAGCUCAACAAAUUGCUAAGGAGAAAUACGGUCACAUUUUUAAAAUCAUAUUUUGGAGAUUAAUGGGCAUUAAAAAGAAAGAUUUAUUCAAUUGGGCUGUCAUCGAGUUGUAUCGUGAAUAUAGAAGAUCACAACUUCAGCCAAGUGAUGAGAAUGAUACCGAGAAUGGUAACGAGAAUGAAAAUGAAAAUGAAAAUGAAAAUGAAAAUGAAGCUGAAAAUGAAAACCAAGCUGAAGGAAGCCCCUCCGCCGAAGCUAGUGAUGAGUCAGUUGAAAAUAAUGACGAUUCCCCAACUGCAGAUGUGACUGACACUGAAAUUGAUCUUGGUCACAAUGCAAACACUCCUACUCCAUUAACGCAUACGAGAUCUAUAUCUCCUACAAAUACUAAUGCUCUUGAUCCAAUUGUCUCGCCUGAAACAGCAAGAGACGUAGUAGAUCAGAGAGUAUAA